AUGGCAGACACACCUUCCAGAGAAGCCGCCGCCGACGACAGCGGCGGCGAAGCAAGAUGGUGGAGAGCUUUUAGUUGCCUCGCCGACGCCCUGCUCCUCCCCUGCAAACCCUUCCUCUUCUUCCCCCAAUCUUACAGCUCCGCCUCCUCCUCCCCCUCCGCAGUCGCAGCUCACGUCGCCGGCACCUUCUUUUGCCGCCCCCACGAGAGGGACCACCGCAUCACUCUCUGCCUCCAGCAGGCAGCCGGCGCGGUCCCCGUGAUAAUCGACCUGCCAAUCGGAGUGUCCGAGCUGAACGGCGCCGGGCGGGUUGCGCUGGAGUGCGACCGGCUCAGGUGGGCCGGGCCGCUCCUGGAAGCGCCUAGAUGGGCUGUGCGCUGCGGCGGGCGGAGGGCGGGAUUCGGCCGCCCGAGGCCGGCGACAGGGGCGGAAGCGCGAGCCCUCGAGGCCUUGAAGGCCGUCACCUCCGGGGCUGGAAGGCUGCCCCCGCCGCCGCCUAGCGGCGGACGGAGAGAGUUGUUUGCGUAUGUACGCGGGAACUUCGAGAGGGUGGUGGGGUCCACCGACAGCGAAUCCUACCAUCUGGUGGACCCCACUGGAAGCUUGGGCCUUCAGCUCAGCCUCUUCUUCCUCCGCGUCUGA